AUGGCUCACCUUCACCCCCAGCUGCGCUGCCGCUCCGUGCUCAUCACCGGCUCCAGCAGGGGCAUCGGCUUGGGGCUGGUCAGGGGACUCCUGGCCGCCUCCCCCUGCCCCGACCUCGUCCUCGCCACGUGCCGCUACCCGGAGAAGGCGCAGGAACUUCAACAACUUUGCAAGAAGUACCCUAAUCUGAAACUCCUUCAGCUCGACGUGGUUUCCGAAAGCAGCAUCGAGAGAGUGGUCAAAGAAGUGGAAGAGAUCGUCGGGGAUGAAGGGUUGAACUGCUUGGUCAACAAUGCUGGCAUCAAUGUGGUGGCCACUCUGGAACAAGUCACGGCGGAGACCAUGCUCCAUAUCUACGAGACGAACACGGUUGCCCAGCUGAUGGUCACCAAAGCUUUUCUUCCUCUGCUGAGGAGAGCUGCCCAGCAGAGCACCGGGAUGGGGUGCCACCGUGCGACUAUCGUCAACAUGUCCUCAAUAUCGGCAUCCAUGGAACUUGUAGAGGACAACCACUUCCGCAUGGUGUACCCUUACAGGAUAGCGAAGACAGCACUGAACAUGAUCACCAGAUGCCUCGCUGUCGAUUUGGAGCGGGAUGGGAUCCUUUGCGUGUCUCUGCAUCCAGGCUGGAUUGACACGGAUAUGGGAGGAAGUCUGGCUCCCUUAAAGGUCCAGGAUGCCAUCCCCGGGAUCAUCUCGUGUCUGGCUCAUCUCAGUGAAAAAGACAACGGGAGCUUCCUGAAUGGCCAAGGGGGGUAUCUCCCCUGGUAGCAGCGAGGCGUGAACGUUGGAGGCCUCACGCCCCUCAUUCCAUCUCAGUUCUGGCACAAAUGUGUGGGGAUCGCUAGCUAGUAUUCCUCUCUUUUUGAAAGCUGUUAGCAACGAAACUUGAAAAUCAGCCAGUUCCUGUAUUGUGUGAUACGUUUUAGCCCUCUUGACACUAGCAAAAUCUGAUUGCUUCUUUGGGCCUCAGGAAAAGCCAAUGAGGAACCAUGAUUUGCUGGCCGUGACUGACAUCUUCAGAGGCACGUCAUGGUACAUUGAUAUGGGUGAAGCGUUAGGAGUAAAAACGGCCGGACCACAGCCACGCAGCCCAGAAAACCCACAACAGCUUGUUGAUUCCGGUCAAGAAAGCCUUCAACAAUAAACUUUU